AUGGAUUUGUCAUUGGCCGAAGAGAAGAGAUUGCUUAAGCUUAAUGAAUUGGAAGAGCUUAGAUAUGAUGCCUAUGAGAACUCAAAUCUAUAUAAGGAGAAGACUAAAAAGUGGCAUGACCAACACAUAAGGAACAAGAGUUUCAAGGUUGGAGACAAGGUGUUGUUAUUCAAUUCUAGGCUUUGCUUGUUUCCCAAAAAGCUAAAGUCCAGAUGGUCGGGCCCUUUUAUGAUCUCAAAGACUACUCCUUAUGGUUCUUUUGAGUUAGAGGCGGGCGAUCAUAAGUUCAUGGUGAGUGGCCAUUGUUUGAAGCAUUAUCUUUGCAAGGAUGAAGUUGGUUUGAUCGAGUGUAUUCAGCUUGAUCCUAUGGAUCCUAAGCCACCCCCUUGA